GUUGUUUUAAUGCGCCGUUCGCCAUUUUUCGCCAUUCUGCCUUUGCGCUGAUUGUCGUCGUCUCACUUUUCUCGGAGAUCAUGUCUGUUAUCAUCAGAUUGCAAAACUUGCCAAUGUCGGCAAAUGCGUCCAAUAUUCGACGCUUCUUUUCGGGUCUUGCCAUUCCUGAGGGUGGUGUUCACAUUGUCGGCGGUAAUGAUGGAGAUGCUUUCAUUGCCUUCGCCACUGAUGAAGAUGCCCGCAAAGCCAUGCUGUUAGAUAGACAGACAAUCAACGGUGCCUCUGUUCGCUUAUUCCUCAGUAGCAAGACGGAAAUGCAGUCCAUCAUCGAUUCCGCUCGUAACUCGGCUCUCCUUGCGGGGGCCGCUGCAGCACCGCAACCUGCGCCACAGAAAACCGAAACCAUGCAGGCUCUUGACGUAUCCACCCCAACAUUGCCAAGCUCCUUUUCUUCGUAUCGAAACGGUGUUCGCGAAACAUAUCCGUCCGAACACCAAGACCAGUAUUCCUAUGGUGAUCGGAACGAUUCUUCUUCUGCAGCCCACCCGACGCGCCCUCCUUUCGAGGCUCAUCCCGUCGAAGGUUAUGCCAAUGAUCCCAAUCGGCGUCUCGCACCGAGACCAUCUGAACGCGCUCCUCCUCAGCCAGAGUCGGCCUCUCGUGAUCAUGAUUAUGAAUUUGAACGUCAACCCCCUCCACAAUACUCCAGGUUUGACGGUUUCCGCGACCGCCCUCCACCGGUUAUUGAUGACUUCAGGCCAUCGACCAGGGAACCCAUUAACUUCGAGAAUCGUGCCUCACCUAAGCCCUAUCGGGAGUAUUAUGGUGAACCUGCGUAUGAUCGCCGCCCUCCCGAGGGCUCCUAUCCUCCGCAUCCCAAAGAAGGACCAAAAGAUGUUCUACCAUCGCAUGUUGAAUCUCGAUAUGGGCAUGAUUCAGCUGACCAUUCAGCUGGAUACGAGGAUGGUCGUUUUUCCAACCCACAUUUCGAUCGGUUUUCCCCGCGAGAACCCACUAGAGAGACCCGUGAUUUCUCUGAAGUAGGCGGCACACGCCACCCACCCCCCUAUGAUCGACGUUCAUCUGGACCACACUCAUACGAACGAGACAUACCUUUUCAUCGACCACCCAGUGAGCGAGAUUUCUCCAUUCGUCCCCCUUGGCUUAAUGAAGAAAGCGGAACGGCGGGUCCGAAGCGCCCAUAUCAUUCUGCUCCCGAUGUAGAGGAAUACCCCCGUAAAAGAAGACCUUUUCCUCCACGCGCCAACGAUGCAAUCUCUUCUGGUGAAACAGAAUACGUAGUUAAAGUAACACUCCCAAUUUCAGAAGUGGGCAUCAAGGUUAUCUUUGAGGUAUUGCGCGGGGUUCAUAUAGUCCCGAAAUGGGGAAUUCGUGUAGAAGAAGAUGCGUUGCUACGUCCGACAGGUUACAUCUUCAUCAUGACGACUUCGCAUGAUUCAUAUAACAAAGCCCUAAAUUACGACGGCCGUCCAUACCGAGGGAAACCAGUUAAAGUUGCUCCGUCGUCUUUAUCUGAAUUUUAUAGAGUCACCGAUUCGUCAUUUCACCACAAGUGCCCACCGGAAAUUCUCAAGAAGCUCCCUUCUGCUGAUCAACCCGCCUGUCCUCCUCAUCACUCUGAUGGUUGCCUCGAAGUGGCGGAGCUUCCACCCGAUACUACUAGGUCGGAGAUUGUUCGAUUUAUAGGAGCACCGGGCUUAACGGCUUCGAGUGUCGUCAUUUCUGGCUUCUCACCUUCUGAUAGAACUGCUCCAAAAACUCCGGGAUCUGUCCGCGCUUUGGUAUCCCUUCCGUCAGCUAAAGAUUUGGACAUCUUGUUAUCAGCGAAGCCGCGACCUUUGCGCCCAGACGGCGCUUUUCCCCCCGUCCGCCUCACUCCCAUAUCGCGAUUACAGCUGGAAGCUUACGGUAGCCUCAGCGUUGAGAACAAGCCCAAAGAAGAGCCAGUAAAACCUGCUGAAUCUGCUCCACUCACACCGGAGGCGCCUAAGACGUCUUCCGAACCACUAACUUGCGCUCACUUGACGGGACUGGAACGUUCCAUGAAAGACUCCGAAGUACUUCGCUUGUUUCCAUCCGUCUUGGUCCCUGGGGAUGCUGUCCGCAUGGUUGGACCGGAGAAUACGAGUGCCUACAUAGACUUCAUUAGUGAGAAUAACUGUCGUCGAGCCAUCGCAGACAUCAGAAAUGCCGAUUCGAAAGCAAAACUGUCGCACCCAAAUAUUUGUAUUGAGGCAAUUUCACGACGGGAGAUGGAAAGUCAUGCGAGUUCUUCCAACAAAGAUGACGAAGUAUCGCAGUCUACUAGUAUAGAUCCCCGUCCGAGUCGUUCAACACAUGAUAGGGAUCCUCGAGACACUGUUCGAACUUGGGAAUCUCGUCCACCUCCUCGCGCUGGUAGGCAUGCCUCGCCCGGGCCACCGUUUAGAACGCGUUCGCCAUCCGCUCAGGCUUUAGGCAGAUCGAAGUUCGAUGAACCCUAUUACGACCGCAACGGACCUGCACCAUCUUACGAUGAUCGACACGGUGGUCCCAUGCGUAGAGGCAGACCCAUGGACAUUCCGCAUACCGGUCCACCUUUGCCUCCUCCCGUCGACUACGCGCUACCUCCUCGGCCCAGCGAUUCUAUGCCACCUCAUCGGCGACAAGGUCUAGACUUUGUCACAGUACAUAUUGGCAAUCUCCCCAGCUCAGUCACAGUCGAACAGUUGUGUGGCAUCAUGCGAGAUUAUUACUUUGUCCCGGGGUCGAUUCGACUGCGAAGAGAUAUACAGGGAAUACCUACGGGUGAAGCGUUGGUCGAUUUUAACUCAACUUAUGAUGGCGAUCGCGCCAUAAGGGAUCUAAACGGAUAUCGAUUAGCUGGAAGACCAAUUCAUUUGCAAUAUGACCGCCGGCCAUAGCACUGUCCGCAAUUUUUGUGAACCGCAGUGUGCAAACAUUCGUUUUUCGCUGCUUGAAUUUAGCUCUUGGAUUCUUCAGGUGAGAAUUUUUUGGAACCAGAAGUUUAUUUCCUAGCAGUAGUUUGCCGCGCUCACUUCACCUUUUGGGCAUUUUGGAUGGCUUUUGUCACAUUACCUUUUAGCAUAUGCAAACCGCACGUUUUCUUGUUUGCUUUGUCUCGAUGUGGUUGCCCUGUAGUCUAAUUUAUUCUGCUCAUUUUAAUCCCACUGGACAGCCGUGAUCCGGGCACUAAAGUACGUCGGGAGAACAAUGAGGCUAAUCGCAACUAGUACACGAAACAUGAAAUCAAGAAGAAAGUGCACAAAACUACUCGCGGAUAAAUGAAUAUUAACAGUUAGAUGUAGGAAACCCGUAUGCAGGAGCCCGACCGCACCGCCAUCUCGAGGCUCCAACCCACGCAUCAGCCUGACCAAGUUUCUCAGUUAAUUUCUUUAUGUCUUCAUACCAAGUCAUGAACUGGUCACCUCGAGAUUGCGCCCAACUUAACGCGACGACUACUUAUAACACACCGUAAAAGGCGGUCAGCAGGUAUACCGAGGACAUGACCUAGCCAAUGAUGGCGCUGGUGAGCUACUGUAGGGUUUCCUGCCAAAAGCUAAGUGACGAACCUCAGCAUUUCUCACCUGGUGUACUCGUCAGCACCAGUUGUCGAACACGUCCAAGUGUUUAAUCUUUUCACUGCGAACUGUUCAAGUCUUAAUCAUACAGUAACACUGGCCUUAUCGCAACGUUUCAUACCUCACCUUUCACUGACAGACUGAAAUCCCACCCUCUGCUUAGGUGCUUGUGCCUCUGGAAAGCCACACACACCUUGCUGAUACCCAAAGUAGCUUCCACUUAAUGGCCACCAUGGGUGACAUAUACCAAGCUCAGUGAGCCUUCCCACUACCAGCGGUUGUUCGCUGACAGCUGAAACCCGUGACGUUUUGGUCCAAUUCAGGCACAGCGUUUUGCAUCUGAAAGGUGCAAAGCACUUGCAGAUUCGUGUCCAGUUUAGCCACUCAUGCUUGCAGUGCCAUUGUGCCAUACCCACCCAAAGAGAGCUAUGUCAUCCGCAUGCUCAGUUUUUCAUUCGGUAGCAUGUUAGAACCGAGUCAUUCAUGAUCGUUUCGACCACCAAAAUUGAGGAGUGAACUAGGUUUAGGAAAUAAGGAGUACUAAGCCAUCAGCUGUACUCAGAUACGCAGUACCGACGCUUUGCUGCCGCGCAGCCACCAGCAGUCGUACUUGGGUCGCCCGGCCCUUACGCGGGCUCGAACCCGCGCCCAUGGAUUACAAGGCAGGCUUGUGAUCCUCAAGGCUACUGACCGGCAUUAGGUAUACGACAGCUCUGUCGAGCUUCUUGUAUCAGGGAACUCAGGACGCAGCUUCCCGUAGAUUUCUACUCGGUGUCCGGAGUCACGGUAGGGGGACUUCAGAGUGGAAAGGUGUUUCCUUAGCUCGCAUUUCACGAAUAGUCGGUGCCACAUGCUGUCACUAUCAAGAGUCAAGGGCGUUUUCUAGUAAGUGUGAACUACCAUGGUCAAUUAUCUCUAACUAUAUUCUCAUACAUUGUGGAGUAUUUAUGAGGACGUUGCAAACAUGACAGGGCUCUCAAGAGGACCAGUAAAUCGUCGAAGAAUGAUACUCGUGAAAAGUUGGGAUACAGUCGCCCAUUUAUCCCGGCCGCUUAGGUGACGUAGAUUUGUUCGCAUCCGUUACGCAGGUUUUGCAGUUUACUUCAAGGUAACCUAUACUUCUUAGUUAAACAGAUUGCAGUUAGCACGCACCUGGAUACUUUCUGGUGUUCUUCUCAUUGGCUGCCCAGCUCCAGAGGGAUACCCUCUCCAACCUCGAUUUGGGGAUAUUGGUUCCGGCACUUCUGGCCUCUGUCUUGGGCUUCAUCACUCCCUCACACAUUACUCACAGCUAUUACUAUUACCUUUGCCAGCGUACUGGUGUGUGCCGAUCUACUCUGGUAGAUCCCCAACGGAACAGGUUAUUUCGACAUCAAAUUAAUCAAAACAUUUGGGUGGCCUGUUCAUUUUACUCAGUCGCACGCUCUGGUGCAUUUAAAGGUUUUUGCAUCUGAUAUUGUGACAGUGUUUGCUCUUCGUCAUAUCAGUUGUGUUUACUUAUUGAUAGUCUGGGGGAGACUCACUAGUGGUCUCUAAUUAGUUUCUGUUGGAAUGACAAGAAAAGCAUCAUCUCAAAUUGUUUAGCAUUUAGCGCAGGAACCUUGUAAAUCUCUUACACUCUGUUACAACUAACAUCACUGCGCAACUAUCCACAUUAACUUUGUUUUUUGUGUCAACUUCGUCGGUCAUUUCCGGUGUUCGUGGUUACUUGACAUUGGGACAAAGCAACAUUGAAAACGUGCCGGUCUAGGUUUUCCGCAUUUUUCUACUUGUUCAACUUGCACACCAACCGUUUGAACAUUACAUGGAUAACUUACCUCGACUUUUUCUAGGUUUCUUCCCUAACUCCACUGUUACGUUCAUACUUUUGCCCAUGUUUUCACUAACUUCGUUUUGAACCAGGAACUAGUUCCAUUUGGUCCUGAAUAUAGACAGUCAAUGUCUGGUCC